UUUAUCUUUUUGACAGAAGCUCAUUAGACCAUCAUUUGCUGUUUGGUCAUGGGGAGUUUGUGCAGUUGUAAGGAACAAACUGGUGAACCAGAUGAACCAAAUCCAGAAGAACCAAAAGGUGGAACGAUUGUUCUUCCUGACAUCCCACCAAGAAAAGUCGUUGCCUUCACAACUAAGCUGAGCAUCGCUGACAGCACCCUGUACCACUCUGGCAUCAUGAAGCUUAAGGAUGUGGUGGUCAAUGAGGGAGGCGGCUACAGUCCUGACACGGGCAUCUUCACCUGCCCCCUGGAGGGACUUUAUCACUUCACCGUGCACAUGUCUGUGUGUGGACGGGCUCAGUGUGCCAUUUUUAAGAAUGGAGAGAGUUUGGCUUCAGUGUAUCAUACCAGUCUGCCUAACGGAUGCACCCAAGUGGCCAGUAUCAGCAGCACAGUGCAGCUGUCUGCAGCAGACAUGGUGUGGGUGAAUUUAUGGGGUCAUGGUCGACAUGAGAUUAUCGCAACAGAAGAUAACGACACUGUGUUUGUUGGGUUUUAUUUAGGGUGAUUGUGGAUUGUGUUAAAUUAUGUUCUGUGACAAUGA